UUUUCCCCUUCACCAUGGCCGACAGCUUUCCCAUGGUGCCGCGACGGCGCAAUGCGGCCGCCACCCACCGAUGCUCUCUUUUGCCAACAACCCCGCCGACCGCGGCCAGCCCGGCAGCGUGAACAACGGCCCUAUCCGCCGCAUUGCCCGCUCCAAGAACGGCUGUGUGACGUGCAGACGGCGCAAGGUCCGGUGCGACGAACAGAGACCGCGAUGCUCCCACUGCGAGCGCCUCAACCUGCACUGCCAAUGGCGCCCCCUGAUCCAUACGACAUCUGCCCCGGGCACCUCGAGACGAGCCUCGUCCACCCCGAACGGCUCCACAAGGCUGGCACAUGCGGAGCUGCCCGCCGGACGGCGAUCCGAUGUCCAGUCGCCCGACAACCUUGGGAGCAUCGCCAGCCCAGCCAGCGGCCAGCUGCUCUCCUUGCAAACUGGGCAGCCAGGCGCCGGCGUCGGCCAGUUUUUCGACUACGCGAGCUUCAUGUGGUCCGAUGCGGCAGGGCUCUGGGGUCAGUUUGGCAUGUCGGCUGGUGAUGGGUCCAUGGACGCCAGCCUUCGCCUCGGCACCCCAACUACCUCAGUCAGCACCGAUACCGGACGGCGCCUCGAUCUCGCGCUAAGGGACGCGGCGGCCCAGGAAAGGCAGAUGGCAAGUCCCCAAUCGUCGCAAUACAACAACGAUCUUGCGGCGCCCGCGUCCAUCGGCCUAUCUGUCUUCCGGGGCGAGGACAGCGACCUUCUCACCUACUUUGUCCAUGCAGUCGUGCCGCCCAUCCUCGCCGAGGUCGAGACCCAGAAGAAGUGGACUUCCAUGCGCCGUGUGCUGAUAUCAAUGGCCGCCGCCUCCACCAUGGUCCGCUAUGCCAUCCUGGCCUUUUCCAACCUGCUGCGCUGCCGUCGCGAGACGCCGUGGUCUCAGGUCAACCAACACUACUACGAGAACGCGACCAAAGAGCUCGACGCGGCUGGGGACCUACCAUCUCCCGAGCGUCACAGCUCUCGACGCCAGAGCUUACUAGCUACACUAUUUUUCCUUUGCUACAUUGAUAUCCUGGAGGAGCGCAACGAGACUACCCAUGCCAACUUGAAGCGCGCCUACACAGUCUUUCGCCAGGGCGACAGGAGAGGCUUCCACCCGGUCGAGAUGCACCUGCUGUCGUGGAUACGGCUGCUCGACGCUCGUGCCGUCUCCGCCGGCGGCGAGGGGCUUUUCCUCACAGACCAGGACGAGACUCUUCUCGUGCAGCCAUCACCCGGUAGCCUCCACGACAGCACCAAUGAUGCCGCAGAAGGCGCGGCAGACCGGGCUGUGGAUCUGACCGGUGGCUUGUUACAUGCCGACGCCGGUGACAGGGACAUCGAGGACGUUCUCUUUGAGUUGCUGUACCAGCCUGGCAUAGUCUUUUACCAAAAGGUGCAGUCCUUCAUGGGACGCAUCUCCAAGAUCGACCCCUGGCACCGUAGCCGCGGCACUGUCGAGGACGAAACAGAGGUCAUGAAUAUAGCGGCCGGGAUUCUCCGUGACCUGCGUGCCUUGUUGGCCGACGGAUGCCCUGCUCUAAUGCCGCACGCCGUCGCGGGAAAGCUCAAGGCCCCCUACGUCAGCCGCUACCUGGCCUUCACCAUCACGCGCGCUUUCAGGACAUACCUAUCCAACUAUUACGCAAGCAAGCUGCACCUCCACAGGGUCGCAUACCGACAUUUGCCCCUCUCUUCCGAGUCCAAAGAUGCCCUCGCCCAGAUCCGCCACCUGGCCCGUCUGAUGGUAGACGACGCGGGACCAGUACCCGACGAACAACAUGAACAGCAGCAGCAGCAGCAUACAGAUAUGACCUCGCCGAUGGCUGCAGGGGAACCUGAAGGGGCCAUAAUUUCGGACGCAAAGUUUGCUAGCGCGGCCGCAGAAGAUGCAAACACUUGUGGCCGGGGACAGCCACAACAGGACAAGCAAGAACAACAACAGCAUUCACAGCAGCCACAAUUGCCGGUCCAAGCGACGCUGCCAGUAAACAUGCUCUGGCCUCUCCUGAUGUGGGGAACCGAGGAGAAGGACCCGGCUGAGCGAGACUGGAUCCGCGACCAGAUUCUGAGGAUGGAGAAGGUCGCCUCCAACGCUCGCGCGACGGCUCAAGUCCUCGAAGAGGUGCAGCGUCGCCAAGACGCCACCAAUACGCGCCGUCAUGCACACCGUCUUCGACUCGUGCUGGGCAAUAGUGUGAUGGGCGUCUGUGCUCUUGGCAUUCCAUCUAUCAACAUUGAUUGCCCUGCCUAGACUAGCGUGGCUCACCGGCCCCCGCCUCUAGGUCUUUUUGAACAGGUGAAGAUUCACUGGUGUCAGUGGUUUCUUUCCACCUAGGACUGCCAGCACAUUUUGCAUGCUGAGCGCCUCGAAUCCCAUGGUGGUUUCGAGCGCACCACCCCCCGUAUGCGACGUCAAGCUGACUUUGCGGUGCGCCCGCAACCUCGCACUGACGUGCGGCUCAUUGGCAUGCACGUCCAGCCCGGCCGAAUACACGGCUCCGCUGUCGAGCGCAUCCGCCAGCGCCUCCUCGUCCAGCAGCGUGCCCCUCCCGAUGUUGACGACGCGCGCGCCCUUCUUGAGUAUCGAAAUGUGCUUCCUCUUUAGGAUUGGCUUGCCGUCGGGCUGCGUCGGGGCGGCCAUGAGUACGCAGUCGGCGUGCGGGAGCAUCUCCUCGAGGGAAUCGUACCCCUUGAGGUCGGCGCCCAGUCCGGCCGUCUGCUCGGCCGACCGCGGCGCGACGUCGUGGUAGGCGAUGCGCAUGCCGAAGGCGGCGUGCGCCUUCUGGGCGGCGCGCUGGCCGAUGCGGCCGAGCCCGACGACGCCGAGCACGUGGCCGGCCGGGUUGCGGGCGCCCACGGGGGCGUUGCGGUGGGCGUCGAGGAAGGCGUCCGGGUCGCCACCGCGGGCCGCCAUGUUGGACCACUGCAUGUUGCGGAAGACGGACAGGAUGUGGUAGACGGCCAUGUCGGCCACGGCCUCGGUCGAGGCCCCGGCGCCGUUGCAGUAUAUGAUUCCUACAAGGUUAGAGAGAAAAGAAUGCAAGAAUCAGUUGACCA